AUGACUCACCGGAAUUUACAUGCAACGAAUCAUAUGAGACGAAUAGCAGCCAUCAGAUAUCUGACAUCCCUCAUUACUGAAGGUACACCAGACCAGAAGAAACGGACAUGGGUAGAGAAGACACUAUGUGAAAUGGCAAAUGAUCGAGACGAUCGAGUACGCGUCGCUGCAGUUAAGGCUCUAAUGACUUGCACGGAAACAGAGCAGGGAUUGUCCUGUGAUUUGUAUGAUAUAAUCAAAAAGCUGUGUGGGGAUACGGAGAAAUUAGUGCGUAUUGAAGCACUGAGAAUUUUAAAAGCUUUUGCUGAUCGUUAUGGGGAUAGGAGAGUUCCUUCCAGGCAGAUCCAAGACAAUAAUUAUACGAUGCUUUUAGUUGACAAUGCUUUCACAGUUGUAUGUCAUGCCGUCAGCGAUACUGAAGUAAGUACCUGUUUUGUGCGUGUACUCUUAAUUAUUUCCGUUCGGGCAGAAGCGGCUUCUUUGCUUGGAAAGUUUUCACAAGUUUCAGAUUCCUACUUGCAGCAAACAUUGGACAAAAAGUUAUUAAAUGCUAUGCGAAUGUCCAAACCUGCUCAUGAUGUUUCACGCCGCCCCCAUGCUGGUUUUAGUGGAGAUGAUCAGUCGAGAUCGGAUAAACAGCCGAAUAUUAUGACAACUGGUGCUUGUGGGGCCUUCGUCUCUACACUUGAGGACGAAUUUAUGGUUGUGAGGCAAGCAGGAGUGAGGUCACUGGGUCAGCUAGCUGCUAAUCGCCCUGUGUUCGCCAAUAUGGCCCUUGAUCAUCUUGUUGAUAUGUUCAAUGAUGAGAUAGAGGAGGUUAGGCUCGAUGCCAUUCAUGCUCUUGCACCUUUGGUAGUUCACGGCGUGCUUCAAUUGGACCAGCUAGCAAAAAUUUGUACGGCUCUCGAUGAUAAACUUUUGGACAGUAGGGAAGCCCUUCGUCUACUCCUAGCGAAGGCAAACCUUGGAACUUCGGAAUGUUUAAAAUGUUGCCUAAAAGCUUUAUUAAAUUGCAUGCGGCUAUAUCCUAUUGAUCGGCAGCCUACUUAUAGAUGUCUAAGCCAGUUAGGCCGAAGACAUGCUUCCUUAGUUUUGCCUUUAAUUGACGAACUGCUUGGUGUGGACCCACUUUUUGAAAUCACAGAACCUGCUCUUGAGGAUGUUUUUUAUCUCGCUAAACUGAUCUUAAUUCUGAAUGCUGCAAGUGAGCAUGGAAUUAUUUGUGAGUAUUUGCCGUUUUUUGCUGUGCAGCAUUACCGUUAUCUUCGUUUGUCCAUGCCUACUAUCGUUCCCUGUAUCCCAGUAAAUGCGUUAAUCACUGAAAUCUCAGCUGAAGUCUUGAACGCAUUGAAAGGGAAAGAUUUAGGACAACAUGCGCGUGGUUUAUUAGAGAAAUAUUACGAGAAGUUGUUCGAAGCGAUGAAAAUAACUGAAGGCUUAAAAAGGAGAGAAUUUUAUUUGCGUAUAAAAAGUGAUAUGGAUGCACUUUGUGAAAUGGAUGAAGGGGUUUCGAGUGCAGCUCAUUUUAUAUCGAAUUGGUUGGAUGUGCUUUCUAGAUACGAACUAAGCUUGCAAAUGAUUUUAUAUGGUGGGGACCUGCUAACCGCUUUUAAUAUUGCAGAACAGGGCUUAGUUGUAAUCGAUAAUCUCGAGCAUGGCUUUAUCGGGGUUAACAAAACAUUGCUCGCGCUAGUUGCUGAGUUGAGGUUUAGACUGCGUAUCUUGGCUGUAGCAUCACGGCUUAUAUUGUGUCCUGGUGUGUAUACAAAUGCUGAAGAAGUUAUCAGCUUUGAGCUCACACAAUUUCAGAAGUUUGCAUUUUAUAUUAUACUGUACAAUGUUCUACUUAACCAGCUUUUUUCCAAUAUUUGGAAGCGAAUGAAGGAAAUUACUAGUGGCGAGAUGCAGUCGGUAGCUCCGUUAGUGACAGAUAUUGAGAAACUUUUUAUUUGUGAUGCAGGUGAAACCAAAAAAUAUUUAGAUGGAAGGAUGUUGUUAAGGGUUUUUGAAGGUCGUGAUUUCACUCUUCCUAAGGAAUUCAUUUCUCUAGAUGGAGUCAGCAGCAAAUGGGCAGAGAUUAUUGAACCAAGUGAGGAUGACUCAGAUCCAGUGCGGUUUAUUGCUGGUCUUCCAGUUGGCAUCUCUUUUAAUAUUUUGCUACAUAAUUUUGAACAAGCAGAUAUUAAUAAAUUUCGAAUGCAGAUCACAUAUCCUGAUAUGUUGACUCACAUGUUUUGUCCUCGAAAAUGCGACUUUCGACAGCUACCGUCAAAUAAUGUUAGAUUGAUUAGUGACGUUUGCAUGGUCCAGAGCAACCCUUGGUCGUCUGCUGCACGUGUAAGGGUUGGCUGUGUGUUCGAGGCAAAAUCGGAUUGUGGAAUUGCCCUCAAAAAUGAGCAGGUCUCUGCGGUACCUGAAGUAACACUGGGAAGAAAGUAUGACUUUAUACCAAUUCCGGAAUCACCAUAUUCUGACAAGCAGGCAGCGGUGGAAGUUUCUAUUCAUCCUAUGUUUAAACAGUGUUGA